AUGACAUUAUUCAAUGGUGAGAAUCUAACGGAAUUCAUUGGAAAACCAAAAAUCUUCAUAAUUCAGGCAUGCCGUGGUAAACAGUAUGGUGGCGGAGUACGUGAUCAAAGUGAUGAUGGUCCAUCCUCUACAAGCGAUGUCCAAAUGGAUGAAGGAUAUUCAUCAUUACCGUUCAAAACACGUCCGGUCAAUGCUGAUAUGUUAUUGGCUCAUGCAACCAGUGAAGGAACCAAAGCGUGGCGUAAUGAAGACGAAGGAUCUUGGUUUAUUCAUCAUUUUUGUCAUGUGAUCAGAGAGGAUCGUGAGGAUCACCUGGUGGAGAUAUUGACAACUGUUAACCUUCUAGUUGCGCAAAGAGUUAGUUCAGAGAAGGGGGCAAAACAGAUGCCUCAACAAAUUACAAGUCUUACGAAAAAAUUGUUUCUGUGA